UCAUGUAUGGGACAUCUUUAGUGUUAUCCGAAUCAUACAAUGGAUAUUUUGAUUAACUUAUCUACAAAAUUCAGGUAAAUAUUGAUUUUCGAUCUUUCAAAGCGCAACAGAUGUCGACAUUUUGAAACGUCUUAAUCACAUAGAAGUUUACAUAAAUGUUAAAAUUGACAAUUAAAUUAAAACACGUGGACAAAGAUGCAUCAUCAUCAACUAAAUGUGUAGAAAAAUACAAAUGUGUAUUGAUAGUGAAUAAAGGAACGAUUUAAUAUUGAAUCAAAGUGAUUUAGAACCGUACAACAAAUCGGUCAAUAUGUUUACAUAACUAAACGUGAAGGAGAAAAAACGAUAAACUACGAGAUAUAUAUUGUAUGUAAAUCUAAUGUCAAUAAUUCUGUGAUACCCCCUUCUGUUAUUAAAGCUUGCGUUGCGAGGUAAAUUAUGGAAGGUUUCCAGAACAGACAAGGUGCGGUUAGAGGACUUCUAAAUCGAGGCAUGAUUUAUGAACCUGUGGAAUUCAAAGAAGCAGCUUAAUCUUGUUUGAAAAAAACUUUGAAUAAUUCUUUGAUAGUUGUUUGUAAAAAGUACGAUGUUUUCAGCUAUACAUGGUGAGGAACGAAACUAAGAAUUGUGGUCAGAAGAACAUGUACCCUACCCAUCAUUUGAUGUGAAACAUUUAUAAAUAUGGAUAUCAAGUAAACAAGCAUGUUUCAAUAGUGAUGAAAUCCAUUUCUGAAUGAAAAUAUAUCGAAAGACAGCUGAUCGACAAUCAUAUUUCUUUGUAUAUCAAUAUUUUCGUAUGGGAUUUGGAGCCAGCAAACAGGUCGUAAUCAGUGCAGCAGCUAACGAAAAUGUCGCUAGAUUAAGCGCUAUAUUGUUUAGUAAGGACGACGCUGAAUCAGUAUUAAGAUUUGAACCAAUGGGAACGUACCUUUUAUAUCGUGAUUAUGAAUCUGAUAGGAUGUAUCUUUCAUUAAGAUCAGAGAACUACGUUGAGCAUCACAGGAUAAACUACGAGGAUAACUUGUAUUAUAUGGACAAUCAGCCGUAUCCUUACCUAGAUUCUAUCGUCAGAUAUCACCAAAGACACAAACUUAAUGGUACAAGACUCAAACAUCAGGCACAUCUCAGUGCAAGAACUGUUAAGUUAUUUACUACAAAAAUCACAGCUCAGAAUGGCAAUUUUCCGCUCGACCGCAAAUCAAAAUCCGAAUCCGAUAUUACAGACAAUAACAAUGUUAUUGGAAUUGAACAUAAAAAUGACGUUGUAGUUGGAAAAAGCCGAAUAUCAAAAUCAAGUGGACGUCUCUGGAUUUCCGGUAUUCAUAAAUCAUUAAAGCGCAUGUCUGCACCGGAAAGGAAUAUUCCAUUUUCUGGAAGUGGAAUUUAUCAUAGGGAUCCACGACCAAAUACAUUCACUGAAAAUGGCUACAUUCCUCAUAUUGAUGAAGGAGAUAAUUUAGACGAUAUAAUAGAGGAUUUACAAGAUUUUCAUCAGUCACUUAACUCAUCGCCAAGGACAGACAAUUCAUCGCCAAGGACAGACAACUCAUCACCAAGGACAGCCAAUUCGUAUUCAGAUAUAAAAUCAGAUAGAAGGGCAACUUAUAAACAAAUAGCAGGCCAUAGUGACGAAAGGCGAUUUGAUGUUACAACAGCUUUUGGUUUUGGGAGGACGUCUUUUACGACAAAUAUAAAGUUACCAGAUACUACCGCUCAAAAUAGACAAUUUAGUAACACAGAAAAUAAAUCGCCAGUUAAAGAAGUUUUACCUGCAGAACAUGUGCAACAUACGGAGAACAAUGAAAAUUCCAAUAUUUUGUUUUGUAGUCAUUUAUAGUCUUUAGUAUGACAAUACCCUGUUCACCGAGGCUACACGGCUGGCCAAUAUCCGGGUCUAUCAGGCUCAACACGAACAAGGACAAGACUACAUCCAAGUCUUUCAAUGUUUAAUCAAUAUGCAUCAGCGUAUUUUAAAUUCUUGAUUGUUCAUAUGUUAUAACAUUUAUUUCUUCAUAUAUAUAUUUGAUGAUACAAAAACAAGUUGUUAUGAUUGAAACAUAUCAGUGUGUAUUCCUUGUAAUUUCGAGUUCAUUUCGCAUUUGCAUAGAUAUAAGGAAACUUGUUUAUAAUUAUAAUGAUUAGUAUAUAUGUCUUUUCUCUCAUUUCUGUAUAAUAAUGUACAAGGACAACAGUAGGUUCUUAACUUAAAUCGUCCGUUAUUUCUUCUUAAAACAAUGUCGAACUUGCCGUGCAGUUGUGUUACUGCGCAAUCA